GUAGUAUUUGUGCUAGCAGCGGCUAACUGGACGCUAGGAAACAGCUGGUUAGCAUUUAGCAUUUAGCCUCCUGCGCUGCCGUAAAAUGGCCGCAGGACCACAGCGUUAGUAUCAGUACUAAAGUAAACAAUAACGUAAACAAAGCGACGCGUUCAUGAAUUAAUUCAGCUUCUUUAACGAGCUAAUUAGCAGCUAACAGUUAGCUUAGCUCCUGACCACAACACGGAAUCCCUGCGUUUCUUCGCUCGUCCGCAGCCGCAAACUUUAACCUCAAAAAACGCACAUUUUCAAAGUGUGCAAAUGGAAACAAACGCACCGAAGAGACGAGACAACAAGAAGUCUCUGCGGGUGAAGGUGAUUAGCCUCGGGAACGCAGAAGUCGGGAAGAGCUGCAUCAUCAAGCGUUACUGUGAGAAGAGGUUCGUCCCAAAGUACCUGGCCACCAUCGGCAUUGACUACGGCGUCACCAAAGUGCAGGUACGAGACCGAGAAAUCAAGGUGAACAUCUUCGACAUGGCCGGACACCCCUUCUUCUACGAGGUGCGUAACGAGUUCUAUAAGGACAGUCAGGGGGUUCUCCUGGUGUACGACGUCGGCCUCAGAGAAAGUUUUGACGCUCUUGACUCCUGGCUGGGGGAGAUGAAACAGGAAAUGGGCUCGCAGGCCAACAUGGACAGUAUUGUGUUCGUCGUCUGCGCCAACAAGGUGGACCUGACGAAGCGGCGGGUGGUGGACGAGGGUGAAGGCCGGCUGUGGGCGGAGUCUAGAGGCUUCCAUUACUUCGAGACGUCGGCACAGAGCGGUGAGGGCAUCAACGAGAUGUUUCAGGCAUUCUUCUCCUCCAUCACUGAUAUGUGUGAAAACGGCGGGAAACGCCCGGCGACUGAAGUCAGUGUGGGCUUUACCAAGGAGCAGGCCGACACCAUCCGACGCAUCCGCAACAGCAAGGACUCCUGGGAUAUGUUGGGCGUGAAACCAGGCGCCACACGGGAGGAGGUGAACAAGGCGUACAGGAAGUUGGCGGUUCUGCUGCAUCCUGAUAAAUGCGUCGCUCCGGGCAGCGAGGACGCCUUCAAGGCCGUGGUGAACGCUAGAACGUCGCUGCUGAAGAACAUCAAAUAGACUGAACUGGACUCACUGCUGGUUGUUUGUUUGUUGUCUUGUGUGCCAUGUUGUUAUGCCAACCACCAGGUUAACCUGGUUAACCAGACUAACUCACCCAAUCUAACUUAUUUAUGUGGAGACGGACAGAAGCUGAGCAGGGACAAACCUCCCCUGAUGUUUUAGGUUUAAAUAUGUUUACUUUCGUUAAAUUUAAAAUUUUCAUCAUCAGAAAGGUUGAAAUGAAUAUUUCUGGUUGUGAUUCUGAUGUUGAAGUGGAGAAUCCAAACAUUUAAAGUUCUGUUCUGAGUUUUUGUUGCAUUAGAAGCGUGAUGAGGCGGUUAGUUUGGUUAAAUGUUUAUUUUUUUUAGUUCUGGAUGCAUUGGAACGUCUUUUAAAGCCAAAUCAGAACAAGUUAAAGUUAGAACAUGUUCUGGAUCCAGACCUGCCAAGAACCGAACCAGAACCAACAUAGAACCAGACUGGUUUAUUUAUGGACUUCUCUGGGUUUGUUCCCUGGAACGUAUUUAUUUAUUAUUAUUUAUUGUGUCAAACUGAUCAUGUAUGUUCGUUUAUUACACAUUUAAACUUGUUCCGUCUUUAUUCCUGUUUGUGAUCAUGGAUUUUUUUUUACAGAUGUGUUCCAGUCUAGUUCCCUAAAGGUCUCGUUUCUGAGCUUUAACUCUAUUUAUUUAUUUAGCUUCUGAAACUGUUCAACUGUUUGUUGCUUUAAAUUAUUCUUUCUCACACUUGUUCACCUUUAGUGACUCAUUUUCUGCAAGUUACUGAUUUAAUCUACUUUUACAUAAUUAGUUCUCUCAAAGUUCUUCUUUUCCCCCUCAUUAAGUAUAAUUAGUUCCCUCAAACUGCCAAACAGUUGCCUGAAAUUAUUUCAGAGAUCUAAUGUGAACCUCACAUGAGAACUGUUCCCUGAAAUACAUCUCUAAUCCAGAUCUAUUCAUUCUCAGCUCUGAAGUGACUCCACUAGUUCCCUUAAGUGUUCUUUCCUAGAUAAAAAGUUUAAUCAACUGCAGGUUUUUCAAGGAGAUUCUGCAGAAAGUUUCGGCCGUUUUUCUCUGAAUCCUUGAAAUCGGAUUUGUCUUCCAGCACGAAGGUUUCCAUGAUGAACGUUGAGGUGAAGAACAGACGAGUCUGUUAGUUUGUUCCCACAGAAAGCAUGUUGUCAUAGUUUUAUAUUUUAUAUGUGUGUCCGCAGGACUGAAUAAAAACAGGCUGAGCUUCCA